GUCAAAAAGAGUUUUUACCUUAACCUCUAUCUAAGUGUUAGGAAAAUACAUUACUAAUUAAUUAUAAUUGAUUACAACCGGAUAGAAAUGUGUGGAUUGGAAAAAUAAAUGGCAAAUAAAAAAUACCAAAAACAAGUUUUCAUCAAUACUUGAAGUGAAUAAUAAUAAUAAAUUAAAUAAAAUGCGAGAUAUUUUCCCAGAAAUUGAAGUACACUCCCAAUACGAGACGACAUUACAAUUUGCAGCCAAAAGUGUACCACAUUUCAGGUGAACAGUGUAUUUGUCGGUGUAAUCAAUACAAAGUAUAUCAUAUAAUCUCAAUACCAUUGUUCACAAUAUACCCAAACAAUCGCAAACAUUUAUAUCCGCGUUAUUAGCAAAAUGAAAACUUUCACUCUUUUAUCGCUAGUAAUAUGUAGUGUUUUUUAUGUCAACUAUGCGAAGGAUGUGCCACUAAUCCGACUGAAUAGCGGCAAAGAGGUGCCGGCCAUAGGUCUGGGGACGUGGCAGACGGAGGGGCCCGAAGUGAUACACGCGGUCAGGGAUGCUCUGGAGGCCGGCUAUCGACACAUCGACACCGCCUGGUUCUACCACAACGAGCGCGAUGUGGGGAAAGGCAUGCGUGAGGCCAUCGACAAGGGGGUCGUUAAGCGGGAGGACGUAUUCAUCACCACAAAGGUGUGGCCGAGGAAUAUGAAUCGUCGCAAGUCUUUUGAUAUCAUCAAAAACUCGCUGAAAGAGCUGAACACAACGUACGUGGACCUGGUGCUCGUCCACUGGCCCCUACCCUUUGGUAGGGCUACCGCCGAGGUGUAUAAGGGUCUGGAGGACGCCUACGACAAUGGUAUGGUUCGCUCGUUAGGUGUGUCCAACUUUAAGCCCCAGGAGAUCGAGACGCUGAUGAAGACGGCAAAAGUGAAGCCCAGUAUGAAUCAGAUCCGAGUGCACCCGGGUUUCAAUCAGGACAAGACGGUUGACUACUGCAAGAAAAAUAAUAUAUCGGUGACGGGUUACUCGCCGUUGGGUACCGGCGCUAUACUACAGGAGCCCCUGUUGAAGGAAAUCGGCAAAAAGCAUAAUAAGAGCGCCGCUCAGGUGGCCAUCAAAUGGCAAUUACAGAGAGGACUGGUAGUCAUACCGAAGAGUACGACUAAGCAGAGGAUUGUCGAGAAUUUCAAUGUCUUUGACUUCAAGCUGACGGACGAGGAUAUGAAGAGAAUUAAUUCAAUGAAACAAAACAAAAUCAGAGACUUCUGGGGCUGA